CUCGUUCUAAUCACGGCAACAUUUCAGUAGAUAUGAACUGUUUCAGUAACAGCGGUAUGAGAUGGUACGGGUCAAUAAUCAGUGGGUGCAGUUGGAGACCAAGACAAGGUUAGGUGCGGUGCGACUUGACAGUGUGGUUCUAGUUAGAGAGAGUCAGCCAACGCUCCAUGAGCCUGAUUCCAUGGCAUAAUCAACGACACACUUCGAUAAUCAUACAUCACAGUGCUGCAAGCCUGCAAGAGCAAGCCUAGCCGCUCCUAUAUAAGCAUUCUCAGGCUGCUGUGCCUUAGAGAGAGAGAGAGAGAGAGAGAGAGAGAGAGAGAGACCCACACAAACAAACAUUGUUCUUAAGAGUCUGCCUCCGGCUGCAUUUCAUUUGCGUCGGCUGGCAUGGAGAUCGAGUCGGCCAAGUGCGAGUGCUGCGGGCUGAGGGAGGACUGCACCCGGGAGUACAUCGCCGGCGUGAAGGCGGACUUCGGCGGGCGGUGGCUCUGCGGGCUGUGCUCGGAGGCGGUGAGGGACGAGGUGGCCGCCAAGAAGAGGGGCGACCUGGAGGGCGCCGUCAGGGACCACAUGUCCUUCUGCGGCAAGUUCGGCAAGAAGAGCCCCGCGUUCCGCGUCGCCGACGGCAUGCGCCAGAUGCUGCGCAGGCGCUCCAGCGACAUCUCAGCCACCUCCUCCGCCGCCUUCUGAUCAGCAACAGUAGCAAGAAGGCUAGCUUGCACUGGCCGUGAAGAAGAAAGCCAGUGAUCGUGCAGUGGCCGGCGCGGCAAAGUAAGCUCUGCUGCCGCGCCGGCGAUCCUUGACAAGGGCAGGUGCUCUUGUAGUUCUUGUCACUGUGCUAGGUUGCUAGCUAGCUCCAAGUUAGUGGCACUGACUCAGUUAGCCUCCAGUACAGGGUCUGAAACUCUCAACUGGGGCGUCUCUACUCUCAGGGGAAGCCUUACGAGGCCUCGAAGAAGGCGGUUCUUGAACGUUCAAGUUUUGGUUGUACUAGUAAGAUUUAGGGUGCAUGAUUCAAUUUGUAUAAGGAGAGUCUGAUACAACUUGAACCACCGUAUGUUGCAAUGUAGAAUUCCCUCAUGAAUUUCAUUGAAUUUAUUUUUCCUGCCACUCUGUAGGGUUUAUUUGGCCCUUCUGUUUCACCAAAGAAGAGAAAAAACCAAACCAAAUCAUGUGCUGGCGUCUAAGAUGAUAGCUUGUAAAGAUUAGACUUAUAGAGGUGCUGCAUGAUGAUACGUAUCUGGAGAAGAAUGAGAUGAACACAAGUAAAAAAUGUCACCGCCUUUCGGAUCACAAAUUUCAGUCAGAUGCAGCUUUCAAGAUUUGCUCAUGUGAGG